AUGUCAUUGGCUCACGAGGCUGGUUCCAAGACCCUGAUAAAACCAUCACUUUUACACGCGGGGAGUGCCCCCGACCUUGUCUCCGACCAACGGCGUGCGUCGGAUGAUAGUCGGGCCACCAAGAGCGAAGGCUCUCACGCGGCGGCCGAUGAUGAAGACUCUUCGGAUCUGGACGUUGAUCUACUCGACUACUUACAAAAAGUCGACUACACAUACCGCAGUAUCAAGCUUAGGGUGGGUGACAAAGAAACACAUAUAAGUGCUGCUCGCCAGAACUAUGAGAAACGUGUGUCGUUUGAUACCGUGAACCUCAAGUUCGAAGCAGACCUGUCAGAAAAUGAACUUGACGAUUGGGGCUUUGAAACCGCGGGCCAUGAGGCCGACUUGGAAAGAGGUCGGCGCAUGUCGCGGGCCUCGCCCAGCCUGUCGCCACUCCAGUCGCCAUCAACGUCCCCUACUAGGAGAGUAGUGUCUCCUGCUCUUGACAUCUCUAACGGACUCCAGUUGACCCGGUUUUUGUCCAACUAUGCCGGGCCCAGCUAUCCCACCACUCCAAUUAUUACACACAACGGGUGCACGUUCACCAAGAUGCACCGGCAGUUUGACGACUUGGUGGUGGGCAAGUUGAAUAAUAAGCAGCACAACUUCUUGAAACCGAUCCUUCCUAACCGGGUGAUUUUGGUGUAUAUAUCGGCAAGAAAGCAUACGUGGGUGGCAUUGGAUUGGGUGUUGAGCAAGUUCAUUGAGAACGGAGACCUGGUGAUUAUUGUGUCUGCCAUCGACCUGCCCAGUCUCACGAAGAAGAGGAAAUUCUCCAAUUUCAGUGGCAAGGAGACGGCCAUGACCAAGAGGAUGCGACUUAGACAGAGAAACCGGCCCGAGUUUGUCAAGGUCAUCGCUAAACACAUCAUGAGUUACGCCAUGGAGGUGAUAAACCCAGAUGUCAUUGCCAAGGUAUCUAUUGAGUUGGCUGUUGGAAAGCCCAAGAAGGUGCUCCAGGAAAUGUACAAGUUGUAUGAGCCAAAUAUCGUGGCCACCGGCACCAAACCCAGCACUCGUAUCGGGGCUCCACUCCGAUCAUGGGCUUCUUCGAAAAUUACUGAUAGGCUCGUGAAGAACUACCCGUUGCCAGUGAUAAUUACCCCAGCCAUUCACAUGGGCCCCUUUGAAAAGAGUCUUGAGAAACAGAUAAAUAUGAGAUAUAACGAUGUGGGCCAGGAUGUGAUUCAAGAGACGGAUGAAGGGACAGACGAUGUGUUGUUAUUGUCCAAGCAAUCAGGCUUGGAUAAAGAUGAAGAUGAAGAUGAAGAUGAAGACGAAGAAGACCGUGCUUCCUUCAGCUCCAUUUCGUCAGAAGAGUCAUACUCGUCAUUCACAGAGAUCACCAAGGCUUAUGCCCGUCACAAAAAGUUGGUUCGCACCAAGAUGCAAGAACUUGAACUGAACCGAUACCAAGGAAGCUACUUUUCAGAUACCCUUGGGGUACUUUCCGAUAGCUCUGCAACUUUCUGUCGAGAAGUAAACUCAAUCGACCCUGAUUUUAGAGGUAGGGGCGCCAAGCUUGCUCGACUUCUUACUGGAUCCACCCGGUUUGGAGUAUCCCCAUUUAAGACCAAGUCUUUAUUGGCCCCAUUGGAAAAGGUUAAAACCGAUGCAAGCCUGCUGCUGUAUGUGCCGAAGGUAUCAUACAAAGAUUUGAAACGUAGAUUGAAAGAAAAAGAGAUGAUUGCUCGACAAGAGCAGAACACUCCAACCAUCAAUGUGAUUUCACCUCCCAAGAGCCCCAAACAAAGUGCCACCUCCAGUGGUAUUUCGUCUCCACCAAAGCAAACACUUAAGUUUGUGAACCUAGAAACUCCCAAGAAAUCCACCAAAAGCCUGAGGCUCAAGGAUUUCUCUACGAUCCAAAAGUCGUUUUCCCAUGAUGGAGACGAAGGUUCACGAGAUACCAGACCUUGUUUAGAGCCAUUAAAGUCCCACCCGGACUUGCACACGAUGUACGAUACGUCGAGCGGCAACCAGCCCACGGAAGCAAAGGAGCCUAAGAAACGUAGCAAGCGGUUCUGGAAGUUGUUCCUGUCCGGUUGA